GGAGCACUAUAAAGGUCCUUUUGCAAUUUUUCAAAGUCAAACCUCAUCUUUACUACCCUCAUUACUUUCAUGAGCAAAAAAUUUUACAUCUUCACAAUUUUCCAGGCUCUUUAGGUUACGCAGCACAAGCAUUUUCUUAGACUUGCAGCACAAUUCCACUGACCAUUCAUUUCUACGUAUCUACUUGUACAUUAUCUUCCAGCCAAUUAUCUGUCCCUGUUGAGACCCUUCCUCUUAACUCUGCGACAGUUUUAUUCUUUCAAGAGUGUUGUGAUGGGACCACAAAUGCCUUCCAAGAGCCUAAUGAAAUCACACUGUGGACCACGCAUUCUCUGCUCCAAAGGACUCCAAAUGCGUGAGACAUUGCUUGCAUUUCUGCAGCACUUACACAUUAUCCACUACUUCUGAUUUUUGUAGCAGCUCAUACCAGUUUGCUCAGUAUUGUAGAAAGCUCCUGACAAGCAGAAAAAUCCUUAAGAACAACUGAAUAUGUCGUACCAAAGUUAAUGCAUUAUAUCAGCUCAUACAGCAGCUCCUGAACGCUCACACCUGUGCCUAUCUGGGAGCAGAGAAACUUCUCUUGGCGGUGACAACUAUCCUGACCUGCUAUUAAAUGUCACAACAUCUACAGAGACAAACCUGAGGAUGUAAAACAUUCUUCUCUGGCAAAUGAAAAUGAAACAAUUCUCCCAAAUCUUUUUAAACGCACGUGUCAACCAAAAGCUAAUGGUUAUGUCACUGUGACAAUCAGACAGGCUUUUCUCCCAGCUUCGUGAUUUCUUACCCUGUCUUGUUGAGGCCACCUCACCAACAGGUUGCAAUUACCAUGUAAGCUUUAGAGCAGCUUUAUUCCUUCAAUUCUUUUACACAUAAUUGAAAGGUAACAGAGUAAAGGACGUCCUACAGAAGGUGAAAGCUACCAAGGACAGACAAGCAAAACCUGUAGCUGAAGAAAAACGAGCCACUGUUCCAAUUAAAAAUUAAAAUACAUUGCAUAGUUCUUUCCUAGGAAGUUUAAACUCAUAAUAAGAUUAUAUGUGAUGCAAAAAGAAAACAGAAAACAAAAAAAGAGAGAGAGGAAAAAAAACCCUCUACAGCUCCCAGAUGAACUUAAAUGAAUCAUAUCCAGCCUCAAAUUCAUAUGUCUAUAGAGUUUCUGGAUUUUUACGAUUUUACUUCUCCCUUUUAAUCACCAUUGGCAGCUUUAAUCAUAGCACUUGGAUAUUGUUAUGUGUUUAGUACUAAGAGCCUCCACGUAUUUUUCUGUAUAAUCUCUUUGCUUUCCCUUUCUAAGUGUUUGUCAAACAAAACUCAUUAAACAAAGUAGUCCUUUAUUCUCUGGUAGAUGGAACUAAGAGAGGGAACAAACAACAGUACUGCACUUGCUGUAGAGAAGAGAAAAAACAACACUCCAAGAAAUUUUGUUAAUGCAUGCCAAUGCAGUUUUAUAUGAGAAGGGACAGUCCCAUUCAGGAGAAACCCUAUUUUUCGAGGACAUCGACAGUGAAGAAAACAACUCAGACCUCGCAUCCAGCACCAGCCACAGCCUUGGCUACGAAGCUAUCAACCAGUUACACGGAUUUACAAGAGAGAAGAGAGCAGACAAAAGGGGACAGCAGAUAACCAUGGCAUCAGCUGGUCUGCAGUUCUUUGCUUUUAUGCUGGCUUUGUUUGGCGCUUUUGGAGACAUUGCAGCUACCUUGCUACCGAACUGGAAGGUAAAUGCAGAUGUUGGUUCCAACAUCAUAACAGCUAUAACACAGAUGCAAGGACUGUGGAUGGACUGCACAUGGUACAGCACCGGGAUGUUCAGCUGUACCCUGAAAUACUCCAUUCUAUCUCUCCCCGUCUACAUCCAGACUGCACGAACCACCAUGGUACUGUCUUGCAUCCUAUCAGCCUUUGGGAUCUGCAUCACUACAGUUGGAAUGAAAUGCACAAAGUUGGGAGGGGACACCGACAGCAAAAGUCACACUUGUUUUGCUGGAGGAGUCUGCUUCAUUCUUGCAGGAAUUUUUGGAUUAGUACCAACAUCAUGGUACACAAGAGAAAUCAUUUCUGAUUUUCUGGACCAGACCAUUCCAGAGAGCAGUAAACAUGAACCGGGAGGAGCGGUUUAUAUAGGAUUCAUUUCAGCAGGGUUUCUGCUUUUUGCAGGUGUGAUUUUCUGCACUUCCUGCUUUAAAAAGCAGCAAGGAGUAUGGAUUUAUACCCGAAAGCAGCAGCACCUCCCAUCCACAAUGCAGGAGAGAAAUGCAGGUUACAACCUGAAGGACUAUGUGUAAAUACCAUUGUUUUUUUCCACUGAGGCUUUGUUUUUCAUGCUAAGUGUCCUCUGCUUACUCUAAAGAAUGUGUAACAUCUGGAUUUUCAUACAUUUGGGCUGUAAUUAUAUUUACAUAAGGUAUUUUCCACUUAGUGGUAUCAGCAAAAAGAACAAGAUAGGAAACUAUGCUCGAGUCUGCUUCAAGAGCACUUUUUUGACUGGCUUUUCAAACCAUUCUGUACGAAUUUCCAAGUAAGAUUUACUAAAGAAAAAUAAAUCGCCUCAGCACAAGCAACAGUGCAUUUAAUGUACUGAUAGCUUGUUACAGCAAAGACACUUCUAUUUAGUAAAAUCAGGCUACUGAUAACAGAAUGUUCUAUAUGGUAUUUUACCUUUUAAUUAUGAUGCAAGGAAAAGAAGCAACCAUUCUCUGUCCAAGAAGCCCAAUUGAGCAAAUUUUAUACAAGGAACACAUCUACCUUUCAUUUUUUGUUCUGAGUUGUCAUAGUAACAUUUAUAUUUCCUAAACAACAGUACAAAGCAAAAAAAGAAAUAAAUUACUCAAUACAAAAAUGAAACCCACCAAACUAACAACAAAAACCUGUAUUCCCAAACUUAGCUGCACAACAUUUGCGCACCAGGAAGGAGAAUCAGUGGUAUCAUUCAGAUGUUGUCAAAAAUGUCUCUCACCCCCUAAACUUCUGUCCUGCUGUGGAUUUCAUUUAUUACUGGUAAAAAAAAUGCUGGUUGGGCACUCUUCAAUCACUGCUAGUCUAUCACGAGUGUUAGAUUUGAGUAGCAGUACAACUGAAAUGUAACUGUGACUAUGAAAAUAUCUGCAAACUGUGAUGUGGGAUACAAUCUACUCACCUAUUUACAUUUAUUUAAAAUCCAGAAACAUUUGGCCUCCAGCUGCCAUUUAUUGCCUUGAACAUUUUCGGCCUUCUAAAGGAGCCCAUUUGGUAGAACAGGCAUGAGGAUAUGAUGCAGGCCCAUAAAUUUAGGAAUAUUACAACGUUGGACAGGUCUUCCAACAAAAUCAACUACUAUUUAUUUGGUACAUUUAUAUCCAACUUUCAGUUCUUGUGUUAUUAGCCCCAAAUUCAUAAGAACAGUAUAAAGACUCCAUAACAUUAACCACAAAGUUAACGUGUUCAAAAGAUAAAAUCUUCUGUUACAGCAUUUUAGAAAGUGAAAUGCUUUAUAUCUAAUAACGUAAAAAAGUCUGUUUUAGCAUCUGCAUUCUCUGAAAGAAAUUUCAAACUUUAUCUUGCUUUUAUUACUACUGUUAUGUAGUCAUUUAGAGUUUCUUAUCUAUUCAUCAGGGAGCUUCUUCCUACUACUAUUCCUACUACUUGUACUAUUCCUACUACUUUUAUCUGCAGUUACUUAAUAUCGCAGUAAUAACAAUGUGCAAAAAGCCUAUUUUUCUUUGCUUAAGACAGAACGCUGUGCAGCAUCAUCUUUUUCCAUAAAACAGAAUCCCAUUAUGACUCAACAUUCAUAGGUAUUAUUAAAAUAUUAUUCACUCACUGAGCAAAUGAGGUAACCUACUCAUUACCAACCAUUCUUCUACACCUUUUGUUUGGGGUCUGACAUAACAUCAUGCUGCGACCACUGCUAACGUAUGAGAAUUAAAAUCCGCAUUCAUAAAUCAGGAACCAAAGACAUUUAUACAUAUAUAAAUGUAAUAAUUGCAUACUCCAAGCAAAAUGAAAUAUUCUCCAAUUACAUAAGCAAUGCAUUUUUCUUUUUUAAACUUUACACAAAAGUACCUGCACUUUUUCGGACACCUAUGAAACAAAAGUCAAGCACAGAGCUGCAUUAUUCACAACAUGCUGCAAAGAGUUUUCCAGGAAGGCAAAGGUUCUAUCAGUAACAGUAACAGCUCAAACCAUGUCAGUCUACAUAGGGUACCCAAAAGAAACAAACAGACCAGGAUGUUGUAUGGGAAACUGUUGAUCACAGCCUGAACCUCUGAUUAAUCACCUGAGGCAAGCAACGAGUCAGCUGUGGGAGCACAGGUGAAGGCAAUUCCUGAAGCUGUGCUACAGGAAGGGGUGGAGCCUGGUUCCACCUCUCCGAGAUCUUAUUUAAGGGCUGACUACCACUAAGGCAGGGUCUCUUCCCCUGGAGAUUGAUCCUUCGUGGAGUUUCCUGAGAACCUUCAAUGUCAGUGAGCAUUUUUCACUUCAUCCUUCAAUCAUGAUAAUCUUUCAUACAAAACAUCUGUAUAACCUCUGUUUACCUAUUGACUGUAUAACUGUACAAUUGUAUAACUGUACAGAUGUCAAGCCACAACAUGAUUUUGAAGGAAACGAAGUACAGUGCAAUGGGUGUCAGGUCUGCCUGAAAAGCCUGUAUUAUCAGCUCUUAAUAUAUAAUUUGUAUUUGCUGUAAAUCAAAGAAAUACAUUAAAUAAUUACACGUUUGCA